GAGGGGCCGGCAGCCCGUGUCCGUGAGGGGACGGGCGGCGAGGAGCGGGUCCCGGCUCCUGUGAGGACCGCGUCCCUUCGGGUGCAGGCUGAGGACAGCGGCUCCCCGGCCCCCCGCGGCUGCCUCCCGGAGAAAAGGCGGCCGGGGCGGGUCGGGCAGAGAGCCUGGUUCCUCCCGAGGGGCCACCCCUCCGCCGGACACCGCUCGGGGCUGCCCUGGGGCCGUGGCGAGGAGGAGGAGGCGCUGCUCUGCUCGCAGCCGCCCCGAGGAGCGGCCCCGGCAGCCCCCCCAGUUUUGCAUCCUGGAAUGUCCCUCUACUUCUUGAAAAUGCAGAAAAUGGUUGCAUGCUUCUUCUUGCUGUUUGGGCACAUGCUGCUUUCCACUGGCUCUGUCAUGGCAAAAGAUCUCCCCGGAGGACAUUUCACCCGAAGGGAUGUUAACUCUCAAUCUCUACUAGAAAAUACUUGUAACAGAAAACGUCUGGAUCUUGUCUUCAUCAUUGACAGUUCUCGCAGCGUACGUCCUUACGACUUCGAAAAAGUGAAGGAGUUCAUUUUAACCAUCUUGCAGUUCCUGGACAUCAGUCCUGAUGCCACCCGAGUGGGCCUGAUUCAGUAUGGCAGCACUGUCAAACAUGAGUUCUCUCUGAAGACGUUCAGGAGGAAGCAGGAGAUUGAGAGAGCAGUCAGGAGAAUGAUGCACCUGGCGACUGGCACCAUGACUGGGCUGGCUAUUCAGUACGCCGUCAACAUCGCGUUUUCAGAGUCUGAAGGGGCUCGACCUCUGAGCCAGAACGUGCCUCGCAUUAUCAUGAUAGUGACAGAUGGGCGACCGCAAGAUCCAGUGGCAGAGAUUGCUGCGAAAGCUCGCAACUCAGGAAUCCUGAUUUUUGCCAUUGGAGUGGGAAGAGUGGACAUGAACACGCUGAAGUCCAUUGGGAGUGAACCGCAUGAAGAGCACGUAUUUCUGGUUGCUAAUUUCAGUCAGAUUGAAACACUGACCUCCGCCUUCCAGACAAAACUUUGUGUUCCCCAUAUGUGCAGUAUAGUUGAGCAUCGCUGUGAUCACUUCUGCAUAAACACCCCCGGCUCCUAUGAAUGCAGAUGUAAACAAGGAUACAUCCUGAAUGCUGACCAGAAAACUUGCAGCACUCAGGACCUUUGUGCUGUGGAGAAACAUGCCUGUGAGCAGAUUUGUGUGAACACGCCUGGGUCUUACGUCUGUCAGUGUUACGAAGGGUAUGAACUUGAUGCAAAUGGAAAGAACUGCAUUGUUGUAGACUACUGUGCUGUGGAUAACCAGGGUUGCCAACAUGAAUGUGUUAACACUGAGGACUCCUAUUACUGUAGAUGCUACCCAGGGUUCAUUUUAAAUCCAGACAAAAGAACUUGCAGAAGACCAGACUAUUGUGCUCUUCAGGACCAUGGCUGUGAACAGGAAUGUGUUAAUACAGAUGAUUCCUAUUUUUGUCAAUGCCAAGAAGGGUUUAGACUUAAUCCAGAUAAGAAAACAUGCAAAAGAGUGGAUCACUGUGCUGAAAGCAAUCAUGGCUGCGAGCAUCUGUGCUUAAAUACUGAUGAUUCCUACGUCUGUCAGUGCUUUGAAGGAUUUGUCAUUAAUGAGGACCUAAAAACCUGCACACGAGUUGACUAUUGUGCUCUGAGUGAUCAUGGCUGUGAACAUUUGUGUAUAAAUGGUGACAGAUCUUAUACUUGUCAGUGUUUUGAAGGAUACAGGCUUCGGAAUGAUGGGAAAACAUGCAAACGUAAAAACAUCUGUAAAUCAGUCAACCAUGGCUGUGAGCAUGUUUGUGUUAGUGCUGACAAUUCCUACACCUGCAAGUGUCGUGAGGGAUACAUACUGAGAGAAGAUGGGAAAACAUGCAGAAGACAGGACAUCUGCAAAUCAGUCAGCCAUGGCUGUGAGCAUAUUUGUGUUAACAAAGAUGACUCUUAUGCUUGUGAGUGUCAUGAGGGCUUCCUACUGAGAGAAGAUGGGAAAACAUGCAGAAAUAAAGACAUUUGCAGCUCAGUUGCCCAUGGCUGUGAACAUGUUUGUGUUAAUGCUGAUGAGUCAUACAUCUGCCAGUGUUAUGAGGGAUUUGCAUUAAGGGAAGAUGGAAAAACAUGUAGAAAUAAAGAUGUUUGCAAUUCUGUUGACCAUGGCUGUGAGCACGUUUGUGUGAACACUGAUAAUUCGUACAUUUGCCAGUGCUAUGAGGGUUUUGUAUUGAGGGAAGAUGAGAAAACAUGUAAAAGUAAGGACAUCUGCAGAUCAGUCAAUCAUGGCUGUGAACAUCUUUGUGUUAAUAAUGACGACUCAUACACUUGCCAAUGUCAUGACGGAUUUGUACUGAGGCAAGAUGGGAAAACAUGCCGAAGCAAGGAUAUUUGCAAAUCAGUCAACCAUGGCUGUGAACAUGCCUGUGUUAAUGCUGGUGAUACAUUUAUUUGUAAGUGUCGGGAGGGAUUCCUGCUACGAGAAGAUGGAAAAACGUGCAGAAAUAAAAAUCUUUGCAAAGCAAUCGACCAUGGCUGUGAACAUGUUUGUGUUAAUACUGAUGAUUCCUAUAUCUGCAAAUGCCAUGAUGGGUUCCUGCUGAGAGAAGAUGGGAAAACCUGCAAAAACAAGGAUGUUUGCAAUUCAAUCAACCAUGGCUGUGAACAAGUUUGUGUGAAUACUGAAGACUCCUACAUCUGCAGAUGUCAUGAAAAUUUCAUACUGAAGGAAGACGGAAGGACAUGUAGAUAUAAAGAUGUUUGCAAAUCAGUUGACCAUGGCUGUGAACAUAUUUGUGUUAAUACUGAUGAUUCCUAUAUCUGUGAGUGCCACGAGGACUUCGUACUGAAGGAAGAUGGGAAAACUUGUAAAAGUAAAAAUAUCUGCAAAACAGUCAACCAUGGUUGUGAACAUGUUUGUGUUCCAACUGGUGAUUCAUACGUGUGUCAGUGCCACAAAGGGUUUAUACUGAGGAGAGACAGGAAAACAUGCAGGAAUAAAGACCUGUGUAAGUCCAUUGACCAUGGCUGUGAACAUGUGUGCAUUAAUAAUAAUAAUUCAUACAGCUGUCAGUGCCAUGAGGGUUUUGUCCUGCGGCAAGAUGGAAAAACAUGUCGAAGCAAAGAUGUCUGCAAAUCAGUUGCCCAUGGUUGUGAACAUAUUUGUGUUAAUAAUGAUGAUUCAUACAGCUGCAAAUGUCAGGAUGGAUAUGUACUGAAAGAAGAUCAGAAAACAUGCAGAAGAUGCACCGAAGGCCCAGUUGACCUGGUGUUUGUGAUUGAUGGAUCGAAAAGUCUCGGAGAGGAUAAUUUUGAAAUUGUGAAACAAUUUGUCUCAGGAAUAUUGGACACGCUUGAGAUUUCACCCAAAGCAGCUCGAGUUGGUUUGCUUCAGUAUUCCAGUGAAGUCCGCACAGAGUUUACAUUAAGGCAGUUCAGCUCAGCCAAAGACAUGAAGAAAGCUGUAUCACAAAUGAAAUAUAUGGGGCGAGGUUCCAUGACAGGACUGGCUCUGAAGCAAAUGUUUCAGAGAAGCUUCACAGAAACAGAAGGCGCCAGACCAUUUUCAGCAAAUGUCCCUCGAAUCGCUAUUGUAUUUACGGAUGGACGAGCCCAAGAUGAAGUCUCUGGGUGGGCUGCUAGAGCAAAGCAAACUGGUAUAAUUAUCUAUGCCAUUGGAAUAGGAAAAGCAAUUGAGGAAGAACUGCUGGAAAUUGCUUCUCAGCCAUCAUAUAAGCAUCUCUUCUACGCUGAGGAUUUCACAGCUUUGGAGGACAUAAGUGAAGAGCUGAAAGUCCAAAUCUGUGAAGCCAUGAAAAAUUCAGCUCACCAGCAAGAUCCGUCAUCUGGAAGGCUUCGUAAGACUGGUCCCCAGUCUUCAGGACCUGAAUCAUCCACAAUAACCAUCACAGAUGUCCUUGCCUGCCCCAAUCUUGCAAUACACCAUAAGUAUCAUUUUGAAGACAGUCACACUCACUCCACAAGAACAACAGCAAAAGACAAAGACCAAUGCAAAUGUGAAAACCUUGUGACAUUCCAGAACUACGCAACCAGUGAAGUAAGAAAACUCACACAGCGAUUGGAAGAAAUGACAAAGAGAAUGGAAGACUUGGAAAACAGGCUAAAAUACUGACCAAAGCAUCAAGUGUACACUACACUGUAUAUUUAUACAUACAAAGUUGGGAGAGCUAUUUUGUUAAAUCAGUUUAAAGUAAAGUAACAAACCCAUGUCUCAAGUUAAAUAAGAGUAUUUUGGACUCCUGCAUCUGUAAUACUGUGUGUUCUGUCUUGCAUUGAUUGCAGAUAAGAAAUUUUUUUAAAAAGUUUUAUAUAUAAACAAUUUAGUAACUAGCAAAAAAUCUAAUUCAGUAGAACUAAACUGAAAUAAGCUAUGCAAAACAUUAAAAUGCUGUUAUUUUUGAUGUGAAACCUCCACGCUUUGAA